UCUCCCGGCCUGUAUCCUGUUAAUGAAAGAGAUUGCCCUCUGUUCGCGAGGCACCUCUGGCCGCCAGAUUAGCGCAGCUGAGCAACCCCGCUCCUCAACACUGCGCCAUCUGCACCGACCGUUGCGGCUGGGACCGGGCAGUGCUGCAGCAGUUCUCCAGCCAGGGAGGGUGGCUGGGGAAGCGGUGAACAGCCGGUUGCCUCGAAGCAAGCCCAGGGCUGGGUUCAGCUCUUCGGCCCGUGGUUCCCCCAGGCUGCUUUGGGAGAGGAGAGCUCGUCCUCCGGCGCUGAGGCUCCUUUCCGUUUGGGUUUGGGGCUUUUCCUUUCCUUUCCUUUCCUUUUUCCUCCUCCUCUUGAGCAGAAGGACUCUCGGUGGCCCCCGAGAGCCGCGGGCGGUGGCGGUGCAGCGGCUCCGGGAGCCAGUUUUGGGGCAAGGCCAGUGCUUGGGGCGAGUCAGCGUGCGGGGCGAGAUGCUGAGCGGCGGCGGCACCGGGAGCUGCGCCGUGCCGACGCCGACGGGACUGCGCCCGCCCGGGGUCCGGAGCGGCUCCCGCCGCCCCAGCGGCACCCCUGGGACUGCCCGAAGGAGGGGCUCAGCCCCCCCCGACCCCCCGUGCUGGGGACCCCCCGACGGGGACCUCACCCUGCACCUUCUGCAAGGCAGACCCGGAAAGGUCUGUCCUUGUCCCAGGGGCUGCGUGCUGCUUUCUGCGUGGGGCCGUGUCCGUGAGUCCUGCAGGGACCUGUCUGUCCUGGCUUCCCCACCAAAGGGCUGCUUCCCCUGGGGAAGGGGACAGGGCAGUCGCUCCCGUUCCCGUUCCCGUCCCCCCCCACCAUCGCCUGCCCCGCUGGUGGUGACUCGGGCCUGGGGGUGGCUGGGUUCCCCUCGGGGCUCGCCGGCUCGGAUGUGGGGCUCAGCGGGGCUUUUGCACCUCUUGGGUGCUGUUUCCCGGUGCCCCCCGCGCUCCCUCCCCGUCCCACACAGGCACGGAGCGGUUCUGGGGAAAGAGCUUUUAAUCGAAAAGACAAAAGAAAAGGUCCCACCAAAGCUGCUCUAA